GAUGACUCUCACGUGACCUUUUAACCCUUUUCUGACAACAUUUCCUGAUUAAUCAACUUUGUAUAAACAUUUGGAGAAAGAAGGACUGCUGACGUUAUAACAAGAAUAUGAGUGAGCUUGACGAGUGGAUCGAGCUGGCAAAGAAGUGCCAGUACUUGACAGAAAACGAAUUAAAGAAACUGUGUGAUUAUGUGUGUGACCUCUUAUUAGAGGAAUCUAAUGUACAGCCAGUGUACACUCCAGUCACAGUUUGUGGGGAUAUUCAUGGACAGUUUUACGAUUUGGAGGAAUUAUUCAGAACUGGCGGUCAGAUACCAGACACUAGUUAUGUGUUUAUGGGUGACUUUGUGGACAGAGGUUAUUACAGUCUUGAGACAUUUACAAGAUUACUGACUCUCAAAGCAAAGUAUCCCAAUAAAAUUACUUUAUUAAGAGGUAAUCACGAAAGCAGACAGAUAACUCAAGUUUAUGGGUUUUAUGAUGAGUGUAUGAACAAGUAUGGCAAUGCCAAUGCCUGGAGAUACUGCUGUAAAGUAUUUGACUUACUCACAAUAGCAGCAAUUAUUGAUAAUCAAGUUUUAUGUGUUCAUGGUGGCCUUUCCCCUGAAGUGAAGACACUAGAUCAAAUCAGAACCAUUGAUCGCGGUAUUGAGAUACCCCAUGAAGGCGCAUUCUGUGAUCUGGUUUGGUCUGAUCCAGAGGACAUAUCUGGCUGGGCAGUUAGCCCUAGAGGAGCUGGCUACUUGUUUGGUAAUUCUGUGACCCAAGAGUUUAUGCAUCUCAAUAACCUCAAGCUAAUAUGCAGGGCACAUCAGUUAGUCCACGAGGGCAUCAAAUAUAUGUUUGACCAGCGCCUAGUGACGGUAUGGUCUGCUCCUAAUUACUGCUACAGGUGUGGUAACAUUGCAUCCAUACUCAUCAUUAAGGAUGCUAACUUGGAGGGCAAAGAGGCAAAGCUGUUUCAAGCAGUACCUGAUAAUGAGAGGGUCAUACCACAGAGAAUAACAACACCUUAUUUCUUAUGAGGGAGAACUAGAGUUUGUAGCCUUUAAUUAUACUUACUGUCUUUUUCUCAUCUCUUUGCUCUUUUUGGCUAUUAAUAACUGUCUACCUGUGUUGUUUGUAUCACCUUGUUUGUUGUUGGAAAAUUAUCAUUAUUAUUAUUAUUAUUAUUAUUAUUAUUAUUAUUAUUAUUAUUAUUAUUAACAUUUAACAGAUACAUUACAAUACUAUCAAA